GUUCUUGAGUAGUAACAAGACAAGAUAUUGAAAACAAUGGCGUUUUGGCGCAUUUCCAUUUGUUCAUUACUUUUACUCCUGCUAUCUUCUUCAACGAUGGCAACAGCUUCCAUUUCCAGACCUAGAAAAAGACCAACUUCGAGUUUGAUCCAAGAAAAGUUUAUCCAGUGCUUUACUGGCAGCUCCCAGUUUUAUAUACCGCUCUCCACAGCCUUUUUUACCCCAAACAAUGCUUCGUUUACCUCUGUGCUGCAGUCGACAUCACAAAACCUCAGGUACUUGGUGCCUUCAAUGCCGAAGCCGGAGUUGAUCAUCACACCACUGCAUGAAUCCCAAGCCCAAGCUUCUGUCAUUUGUGCAAAGAGGCUCGAUAUUCACCUAAGAGUCCGUAGUGGAGGCCAUGAUUACGAAGGACUCUCUUAUGUAUCCCAAAUUGAAUCACCUUUCGUCAUUGUUGACCUCUCCAAACUGCGGUUAAUCAAAGUUGAUAUCCAGGACAACAGUGCUUGGGUUGAAGCUGGUGCCACCAUUGGUGAAGUUUAUUAUAGAAUUGCUGAGAAAAGUAACAUCCAUGGCUUCCCUGGAGGUCUUUGUACUAGCCUAGGCAUUGGGGGGCACAUCACCGGCGGUGCAUAUGGUUCAAUGAUGAGGAAAUUUGGCCUCGGUGCUGAUAAUGUCAUAGAUGCUCGGAUCGUGGAUGUUAAUGGAAGAGUUCUUGACCGAGCAGCCAUGGGAGAAGAUCUUUUCUGGGCAAUUAGAGGAGGUGGAGGUGCGAGCUUUGGGAUUAUCCUUGAAUGGAAGAUAAAGCUAGUCCCAAUCCCAGCUACUGUGACAGUUUUCACUGUCACCAAGUCUCUAGAACAAGGUGCAACAAAGCUCCUUUAUAAAUGGCAAACUGUCGCAGACAAACUUGACGAAGAUCUUUUCAUUAGAGUUAUAAUUCAAACGGCCAACGCUGGGAAAAACAAUGCCAAAACGGUGACGACAUCUUACAAUGCACUGUUUCUGGGCGAUGCCGAAAGGCUACUCCGAGUAAUGCAACAAAGCUUCCCUGAACUGGGUUUAACACGAAAAGACUGCACUGAAACUAGCUGGAUCAAAUCGGUGCUUUACAUUGCUGGUUACUCGAGUAACACUCCUGCAGAGAUUCUUCUUCAAGGUAGGUCGACGUUCAAGAACUAUUUUAAAGCCAAAUCAGACUUCGUUAAAGAAGCUAUACCAGAAACAGCACUGGAAGGGCUUUGGAAAAGACUGCUCGAGGAAGACAGUCCAUUGAUGAUAUGGAAUCCAUAUGGUGGUAUGAUGGCCAGGAUUUCCGAGUCCCAAAUCCCUUUCCCACAUCGGCAAGGAAUCAAAUUCAAAAUCCAGUACUUGACGCUUUGGCAAGUUGAGGACAACAAUGCAUCCAAGCAUUUCGAUUGGAUUCGGAGGCUAUACAAUUACAUGGCCCCAUACGUUUCAAUGUUUCCCAGAGGUGCAUAUGUGAAUUAUAGAGACCUUGAUUUGGGGAUGAACAAGAAUAUCAACACAAGCUUCAUUGAGGCUAGCCUUUGGGGAGUCAGAUACUUCAAGGAUAACUUCAUGAGGUUGGUCAAAGUGAAAACCAGAGUUGAUCCAAACAACUUUUUCAGGCAUGAGCAGAGCAUCCCGCCUCUUCCAGUUCAAGCUAGAUAUUAGGAAUAAUGCUCAUUUUUGUCCUUAAUUUGUUCUCUAAUAAUGCUUGUCUCAAAAACUAAAAUAAAAAAGUUUUCACUAUUAAUAUAUACUAUAAAA